AUUCCCCUCCCCCCCACCUCUCUCCCAUGGCGGAGACUAAAAUCAUCUACCACAUCGACGAGGAGGAGACCCCCUACCUGGUGAAGCUGCCCGUCCCCCCGGAGAAAGUCACGCUGACAGAUUUUAAAAAUGUCCUCAGCAACCGGCCUGUGCACAGCUACAAAUUCUUCUUCAAGUCCAUGGACCAGGAUUUCGGGGUGGUGAAGGAGGAGAUCUCGGAUGACAAUGCAAAGCUACCAUGCUUCAAUGGAAGAGUGGUGUCCUGGCUGGUCCUGGCUGAAAGCUCCCACUCCGACACGGGCUCCCAGUGCGCUGAAAGCCACACGGACCUCCCUCCUCCCAUCGAGAGAACGGGUGGCAUCGGAGACUCACGGCCUCCUUCAUUUCACCCGAAUGCUGCCAGCAGUCGAGAUGGACUGGACAACGAAACAGGAACGGAGUCGGUUGUUAGCCACAGGCGAGAGAGACACCGGCGGAGGAACAGGGAAGGCCACGAAGACGUCCCUCGGAUCAAUGGGCACCCCAAGCUGGACAGGCACCGUGAGCACCCGCCCGGCUACGACAGCUCUUCCACCAUGAUGAGCAGCGAGCUGGAGUCCAGCAGCUUCAUUGACUCUGAUGAUGACGAUAACACAAGCAGGCUGAGUAGCUCCACAGAGCAAAGUACUUCGUCCCGGCUCAUACGGAAGCAUAAACGCAGGAGGAGAAAACAAAGGAUGCGACAGAUUGACAGGUCAUCCUCAUUCAGCAGUAUCACAGAUUCAACCAUGUCCCUGAAUAUCAUCACUGUCACGCUCAAUAUGGAAAAGUAUAAUUUUCUGGGGAUCAGCAUCGUAGGACAGAGCAACGACCGAGGAGAUGGUGGCAUUUACAUUGGCUCUAUCAUGAAAGGAGGAGCGGUGGCAGCAGAUGGCCGAAUUGAACCAGGAGACAUGCUUCUACAGGUGAACGAGGUCAACUUUGAGAACAUGAGCAAUGAUGACGCAGUGCGGGUUUUACGGGAAAUAGUCUCCAAGCCUGGACCUAUCAGCCUAACGGUGGCCAAAUGCUGGGAUCCCACACCUAGGAGUUAUUUUACUAUCCCCAGGGCUGAACCAGUGAGGCCAAUUGACCCUGCAGCAUGGAUCUCUCAUACCACAGCCAUGACGGGAGCAUACCCCCGUUACGGUAUGAGCCCCUCCAUGAGCACCAUCACAUCUACCAGCUCCUCACUAACAAGCUCAAUUCACGAUUCGGAAAAAUUGGAAGAAUCUCCCUUGACUGUGAAGAGUGACAUGGCUACUAUUGUCAAGGUUAUGCAGUUACCUGACUCAGGCCUGGAAAUCCGGGACAGAAUGUGGUUAAAAAUUACCAUCUCCAAUGCAGUGAUAGGGGCAGAUGUGGUCGACUGGCUUUACACGCACAUGGAGGGCUUCAAGGACAGACGAGAGGCUAGAAAAUACGCCAGCAGCAUGUUAAAACACGGCUACCUCAGGCACACUGUGAACAAAAUCACCUUCUCAGAGCAGUGCUAUUACGUCUUCGGGGACCUCUGCAGCAAUAUGGCUGCCUUGAACCUUAACAACGGUUCUAGCGGAGCCUCUGAUCAGGACACUCUUGCUCCCCUUCCACAUCCUGCUGCACCUUGGCCAUUGGGUCAGGGUUACCCCUACCAGUACCCACUCCCCCCUCCAUGCUUCCCACCAGCAUACCAGGACCCAGGCUUCAGCUACGGAAGUGGCAGCGCGGGUAGCCAGCAAAGUGAAGGAAGCAAGAGCAGCGGCUCUAACCGGAGCAACAGUGAGAACAGCCGGAGGGCACUGGGCAGGGAGAAGGACCGCAAGUCAGCCGGAAGCGGCAGUGAAUCCGACCACACCGCCCGCAGCGGGGGCGGAGCCAGCGUAGUGCGCCGCGAACGGCCCGUCAGCCAGCUCAGCCACGUCUCUGCCACCCACAGCGAGAGAAGCCACCACAGCCACCAUUCGUACGGGCCUCCGGUCCCACCCCUCUACAACCUGCCAAAGCUAGGCUCCAAAGUCUACGGGACGAGUGGACCCCCCGGGGGACCGCCCGUGAGAGAACUGAGUUCCGUUCCUCCAGAGCUGACGGGGAGCCGGCAGUCCUUCCAGAAGGCGAUGGGCAACCCUUGCGAAUUCUUUGUUGACAUCAUGUGAGAGGAAGUGCCUUCAGACUCUGUUUUGGGGGGAGGGGCGGGAGGGGCUUGUUUUCAUUGAUGUUGGGGUUGGGUUUUUUUUGGGGGGGGGGGUCGGGGUCCUUGCCGAACACUUUAAGAAAGAAAGCUUGGCUGUAUUGCAUGUAACACCUUCCUGAAUCUCAGUCGUGUGUUGCAAAACAAAAAAAAUCCCCUGGGAUUCUUAAAUAUCAGCAAAUCGAUGGCAUCUUUUCUUUCCUCCUCUUUUUUUUUCCCUUUCUCCUCAUGUUGUUUUUUUAAUGUGAUUGACUGGUGUAUAUUCAGCCUGACGAGCUUUGGUAAUUGUGGCACCUACUUUCAGUGCAAUUAGUGUGUCGUCUUGACUGAUUCAAGGCUUUUUUAUUUCAUAUGACUUCUAAGUUUCCAGUGAUGCAUUAUUAGCACCUUUAUCUCUCUCUCUCUCUCUUUCUCUGUCUUACCAGAAACACUGGCUACUAUGAUUGAUUUCCUUGUCAUACGUCUGGUAAAUAGCAAAAUACAACACAAGCAGCCCUGACGCCUGAAAGUUUGUGGGCAGUAUGUAAGAGGGGAAAUUCCCAGCAGGAGGCAAAGAUCUGAUUCGAUGUAGAACCCUUCUUUCCUCUGCUGAGUAAGGAGUAGAAUUGUCUUUCAUUUUGACAUCAUCCUAUCACAACCGUGACACCCCUGAUGAUGAGGCAUGUCCAUUUUUGUCUGGUCAUAACGUGCACUUAAUUGCUGUUGGAAAGGUUGUUCCUGCAGCAGUGGGACAGUUGCCACUCUCUGGUUAUUCAAGGCAUAGAUGCAGCUUCCCCUGAUUAAAGAGGGGAUUCUCAUCCUAUUCCUGCCCACAUCAGUGGCUUUGCUGGUAAUUCUGGCCGCUCUUUUUCCUCUCGGUUGCUGAAUAAGAUCUUCCUGGCAUCACCCUUCCCAGCUUCACCUCUGCUGUGAAUCAGAAUCCUGGGGUUGGCCCUGCAGUGUUACCAAGUGGGCAUGUUCUGAAUGCAGACAGGGCUAGGUAAGGGAAAUGCUUUUAUGGACAGCUCAGAAAUGCUAAAACCGAUUCAUCUUUCUACCUGACACACAGUGAAAACUGUGUUAAGGGUCCCACUUCCAACCAGCAGCUUUUUCUUAAGCAUCCGCUGUCGUACAUCUCCAAGGAUUUCAGUCCUAUGUUGUUGGCCCUUCAGUUAAAAUCCACCUUUAUUAGUAGUCAGCUCUUCCUGAUGAAUUUGAGGAUGGGUGCUUAAAUCACGCUUCACUGUGUAGAAAAGAUUUACCCCCAAUAUGACGGUCCCUCCGGCUAUAUUUCUUGCAUUGUUGUUGGUUUCAGUGCCUAGCAGGCAUGCAGAAGAGAUGUAUAGCUGAAUACUGCUGGGAUUUCAUGUUCCCUUGUAAUCCUACUGCAGCACUGACUUCCCAAGCAGCGUGCUUAUCAUGUCACGCACCCUGGGGUGGCUACCACAGCUUUUUCUUUUACUUAGUGGAAUUAGAAAAAGACAAAGGGUAAAAUUUGCAAAAGUAGCAAAAUGACUUAGGAUCGUAGGGCUCCUUUUCAAAAGCGACUUAAGCACAGAGCAACCUGAAAGUCAGUGGGUCUUAGGGCGUGUCUAAAUGAAGAGUUAGUGCACAGCAAGCUGGGGCGUAAAGCUGCAGCAUUCCAGGGCGUCACAUACCAACGGUCCAUGUGGAGCUUGCUGCUGUACCCACAAGGUUCCCUAGAAUACACUGACAUAACGGCUGUUUGAAACAACCAUUCAUUUCACCAGUGCACACUAGGGUACUCUUAAUGCACAGUGGCAGGAUCCACAUGGGCAGUUAGUGUGCUGGAGCACUGUAGAUUUUACACCCCACCAUGCUACACACCAACUCCCUGUUUAAGCCCCUAAAUCCCUUUUGCCUAACCCACCCAUUGGCUAGCCUCGCCCAGCUGUGUUUCUUUAUGAUUCAGCUGGAAUCCCAGCCUAAACUGGCUAAGUAGCAGAGUUGCUGGUAACCAAUAUAAAAUUGCACGAUCCUUUUAGAACCUGGAGUUGUUCGCAACGUUUUUUUCAUUUUUCACCUAGGCAUGAUGCAAAUACUAAUUACAUUCAGAGAUCUUUUUUUAAAGCAAUCAAAGAAAUCAUCCCUUACUUUUGCUGUAGCUCAAGGAGGCCCUAUUUUUUUUAAAAAAAAAAAGUCUUUGAUUUUACUGACAAUCUCUGGUGGUUCUGCUUUUAAACCAGUUUUUUACUUCUCUGCUCUUUUUUUUUUUUUUUUUUUUUUUCUGGCUCACUUUAUCUUAAAGCAAAAGUUACGGGAUCAGGGGAAAAGAUGGUAGUGUUAAUCUGUUAGGGUAUACAGAAGGGGGAGUGAUUAUAGGCUGGGCUUUCACCCAAGGAGGCUGAAGUGUUUUGUUUCCUUGUAUGUCUUUUCAAGAGUUGCAGUUACACACUUGCUGUAUUUUUCUUUUUGUUGUUGUGGUAAGUGCUAUUGGCAGAAAAACUGCUCUAUGUCGUGUUGCCCUUUGCUGCUGUGUUGAAAUGAUUGUGUUAUGUAUUUCCGUGUGCAUGGGUGACUCUGGACUCAGGCUGACACAGUCCCGAUUAUAGGUGUGGGAAGGUGCUCAUCUGCUGAAGGAAGCAGGCUGCCAAGUCUGGCUUUGACUGUGAGUUAGAAAUUAACUUGGUUCUAUCCGAACUGGCUUCAGCUGAAAUCAAGCUCCCACUUAGGGCAAAGCACGUGCUGCUCUGUGUGCGAUGGCAGGUUAUUAAACAAUGAACGGUAUUUCGAAUCUUCUAUUCCCUGAAGAGCCAUAGGAGAAUCUAAAUGCCCAUUCUAUGAACAGUGCAAUACAUCAUGAUUGCAGUAUAAUACUUAGGGCUUGAUUCCCCUCUCCCUUCCCCUGGAGGAAUGUACAGUAACUCCACUGAAGUCUAGGGAGAUGCCAGGCUGAGUGAGUGGGGAACCAGGAGCAAAAUGUUUGUCACUUAUUCAUGAGUGGAUGGAGGGAGAUCUCCAAAAUCCUGCCGAUGCCUUUAAAUAUGUCCAAGUUUAUCUGUGCAGCCUGGGGGCGUUUGGGCCUAAUUUUGCAAGCAUAUACUGCCAGGUGGAGUGCUUCCUCCAGAGAGACGUGCCCUUGACGUCAACGAGGCAGUUGUAAGUGCUACGCCAGGUGGCGAAUAGUUGACGGAUCAGGCCCUUAAAGAGCAUGUCGUUUCUUAGUAGAGCCCAGGUUAGUUUGCUCCUUUUAAGGUCGGGGAGCUGGCAGUGGUCUGGCUCUAGAAUGUAUCUUGACCUGUCCUCCUCCCACUGCAAAGAAAAGUGAUGGGCUUGCCGUUAAUAGGCACAUGAAGGGGGUGAUGCUGAACGGGUUCAAAUGACAAGCUGGUCUCAUAACAGGAGCCUUAAAUAGUAUUUGAAUUGGGGGGGGAAGGGGGGAGUUAACACAAUCUGCCUGUGCUCUGCAGCUGGACUUGCACUAUUAUUUAUUCAUUCCUGUCAACAGCAACUAAUAAGAACAAAUAGGUGUGUUUUAUGGAUUAGAGAUUACGUAUGUGCCAAGGCUUUGGGAUGAUGCCUCCUACUGGAAUGUGAGGGUAAUGCACCCACCUAAUGUAUUAACCCAACUCUCUAAAGAGUAAGAUUUUGGUGAAUGGUUUAUGAGCAUCUUAAAGGCACUGCUGAUGUCUUUGACCUCCUGUUAACACAUUUGCUUUUCAGAGGUAAUAGUCCCUGGACACUUUAUCCAAAGGUAUAUUGGAUGGCAAACGAUGCACAGGCGCUGACUUUUUUGAUAUUUUUGUUGGUUUUUUUGUCAAAUUGACAGUCCCAUCUUGAGACUGACAGCUGAUGAGUUGAUGUAAUUGUUUUUGUUUUGCAUUUAACUGGAUUGUAAUAAGAUUGACUUUAAAAAAAAUCAUUCUAAUCAGUGAUUAGAAAUACAUGUAAAGAAUUUAUGUACAGUAGAGGGGGGAAAAACGUUAAAUGAUUUUAAAUAAUGAAAACCCAGACUAUCACCUAUUCUAGAAUUGGUUCUACUCCGAGAGUGACCUUUUACUAGCAUGGACUGCACUGUUCCUGUUAAAUGUCUAUUGCAUAAUUGAAUUCUUUUUUGUAGAUAUUGUAUUAAAACCCAAGUGUCUGUAUAGUUAAUAUAUAGCUGCUUAUGUGUAAAUGCUAUUUUAAACACUAAAAAAGCUUUUAAUUUUAUGUGACAACUGCA